GCAGGUUGGUUAUUAGGAUGGUGCAGUGUGCCAUAUUGGUCCUUGGGUCUUCGAGACGCGGACUCAUGGUGGACCGGUGGACCGGUGCCGACCCGGUCUGAAAAUUUUUGUCUUGCCGCGCGAGCCGAGACCCAGCCAAGCAGAAACCGAGUCCCAGGUUUCAACCACAACCUCGACCGCCAUCAUCACCCAUCCGCAAGUGUAUUGCUGCAGUAUUCUUCCGUUCGCUCGUCGAUUGAGGAUGGGCGCCAACAAGAAGAAGAGGAAUUUCUCCGCCGUCGAUAGCUCAAACCAGCCCAACAAAAAAUCGACCAUGACCCAAUCUGCCGCUGACCAAGCUAAGGAAAAGCUACCCCAUAUUAUGCCCAGAAAAAGGUUCUAUCGACAACGAGCUCAUGCUAAUCCGUUUUCAGAUCACAAUCUUGACUAUCCUGCCCGAUCCGAAGAGAUGGAUUGGUCAAAACAUUACCCUCAUUUUUUCCAAGCCCCAAACUCACAAACUACCAUCGACCAUAAAGAGGAAGGAGGAGAAGAAGAAAAGAAUGGAGUGUGUACAGCUCUUGCAGAUUCGUCGAAAAAAGUCGUCGAAUUCGCGGACGUCGGGUGCGGUUUUGGCGGGUUGUUGGUUGCUAUGGCCCCCCUAUUUCCCGAAAAAUUGAUGCUAGGCCUAGAGAUCCGACCACACGUCUGUCAAUACGUGGAAGACAAGAUCCUAGCACUGAGGGCCCAACAAAAGAUCAUCCAACAGCAAAGUUCAUCGACCGGAGAAGGCACCGAGUCGGUGUUUGAAUUGCCCAGUUUACCCAAAUCGGUCCCCCAGAAUGACAAGCAAAUAGAGCAGGAUGCUGAUCCAGUGACCAAUCAAGCGUCAAACGAAGUCACACCCGACGAGGAGCUCGAUGAUGAAGCGCCCAUCUGGGUGCCCAAACCUGGACGAUUCGAAAACGUUAGCGUCAUCCGCGCUAAUGCUAUGAAAUUCUCUCCCAACUUUUUCCGGAAACAUCAGCUCUCGAAGAUGUUUUUCUUAUUUCCUGACCCACAUUUCAAGGCAAGGAAACACAAAGCAAGAAUCAUCUCGCCAACAUUACUAUCAGAAUACGGAUACAUCCUACGACCGAAUGGAAUAAUCUACACGAUCACGGAUGUGAAAGACUUGAAUGUAUGGAUGGUGAAGCAUCUGAGCGAGCAUCCGCUGUUCAAGCCGAUCGCGGUCGACGAGCUGAUCCAGGCCGACCCGCUCGAAGAUCAGUUGAUCAAAGCAAUCUACAAUCUCACCGAAGAAGGUAAAAAGGUCGCCCGGAAUAAGGGCGAUAAGUUCUUGGCUAUCUUUCGCAGGAUCUCUCAAGAAGAGGAAGAUGCCUUGUUGCUCUCUUAGUGCUGUUCUACUCAUUUAAAAUAAUUCAUAGAAAAAAAACAAAGAAAUUUGUUCAAAUCUUGUUGAGGGAGUCUUAACUAAUCUGCCUUUUUGGAUCAGAAUCAGCUACAAACUCUCCCGCAAAGUAAUCAGUAAACUGGCUUCUCAAUUCAAUAUUUUUCCAGGCCAAUAAAAAGAUCAUCACCACUACCACCAUGUCAAAAAAAUCAUUUUAAUUAACAUAUGAAAUCAAUUCAAAAAAAGAUAUUUGAUUGCAGGACUAUUUUUGAG